GCAGAGAGGCUCGCCCAGGGCAAGGACUGCCAGUCUAUAUGGUACCGUGUUGCUAAACUCAUCUAUUAGAGCUCUGUGUGAGAGUAGCUGAGUGUGGAGCACGUCUUUCCAUCCCGCCGCCGAGCUGAACCUGCGCCCUGAAACCACAAAGGCGCAACUUAUCGCCGCGGAGCCGCUUGACAGGGUCGCUCUCUGGCAUCGCACCGACACAUCGAGGUUCCGAGGGAACAGAGGGAACUUCGGAAACCUUUACACUUUGCCUAAGCUGUCCGUCACGGGCUUUAUGAAUAUGGGACCCCUCUUCCUCUCCACCCGUGUGUGUGUGGAUCUCACACUUGAGCGGCUGCGCUGCGCCACGCUGCUGAUGGAUCAUUCUCCGUCAGCGAUCCUCUCUGGGUAGAUAGAUGCACGGUGCGGCUUUGGUACUUGUGGAAAGGGGAUCCGUGUUCGCGUCCGUCUGAAUAUGCACUUCUAGAACAAAGAGCUGAAGGUAGAAGGAGGAGGAGGAGGAGAAGAAGAAGAAGCGGAGGGAGGCGUGAACGGCUCGCGUCUGCCGCAAAUCCAGGGUUUUUAAGCAGAGGGCUCAUCAGUGGCGGACUGUUCAGCAUUCUUUGCGCUCCCUUUGAGGAUUUGAUGGAUAUCUGAUCAGUGGAUGUGAUGCCCAUAUAUAUCAUCGACCGAAAAUUUCCUGACAUAUCUGGUGAGUUGUUACAGCCGGCUGGUGAAAGAGGAGACCUGAGCAUGACGGAGACCAGUACCCCAAAAUCGGCAAAGAAGCCCCAUUGGACCUCUCUGGAAAUCGGCCUCAUUACUGUCGUCUCUCUGCUGUUCAUCGUCAUUGUUGCCCUCGUCAUCCUGUUUGCCACCCAGAAGACUGAUGAAAUCUGCACCACAGCUGACUGCACGCAGUCAGCGUCUCGCCUCAUUGAGAACAUGGAUGCUACGGUGGAUCCUUGUGACAACUUCUAUCAAUACGCCUGUGGAGGAUGGCUGAAAAAGAACAUCAUCCCAGAGACCAGCUCCAGAUACAGCACGUUCGACAUAUUACGGGACGACUUGGAGGUCAUCCUCAAAGGUCUGGAACCAGCAUGGAUUGAUUGAGAUAAAAACAACUUGGUGACGGUAUUUGAAAAGGUUUUCACUGAGGCUUUUUUUUGUUGUUGUUGUUGUUGUUGACGAUUAGGAGUUAGGAAAUAACCCAUGUAAAACUCGGCUUCAUUAAGAGAGGUAUAUCUGAAGCAUUAUUCUCUUUGUGAGUUUUGUGACCUACACAAUCGUGGGGGAAGAGUGCUUCUGCAUCGACAGUCGUUCACCAAAGAAGCCACUAAGAAGCACGCUGCUUGUAGAGUGAUGUACUCGAGCGUAAUAAAGUUAGAUGGAAGAACAAAAAAA